UAAAGAGAGAACAAGCUGAGAAAGAAGCAGACGAAUUACGAACGGCAAACGAAGCGGCAAACGGACACAUACAAGAAUUACAUAGAGAGAAAGCUCUACUGUUUUGGCGACACGCUCUCCGACUGAUAUACGAGCGGCAGUUGAAAACCAAACUUCGAGGUGUGAUCUGCGCUCAGACAGAGGAGCUCAGGACCCAACUUAACAUCAUCACUCGUGAACAUAUGGCGGAUCGGAACAGUCUUCGUGAUGAGAUUGAAAGGCUGAAGCAUGAGCAUGAUGCUGCCAGGGGCGAAUGGCAGACCCAAGAAGCAACGCUGAGAGAUCUUAUUGAGGAGUUAGAAGUCAAGAAAGCUGAACUUGAAGAUCAGGUGACCCAUUGUGAAAUGCAAGUAAAAGAAAGAGAAGGAUCUGUGCAAAUAGCUAAAGCUUGGGUUCAGAAGCUUAGCGAACAAUGCGGGGCGAAUGAGAUGAUUCAGUCAGCGAGCCCCACCACUCCUGUUAGUCGCCUCUUACACUAUGUAUGA